AUGCCGGCUCUGCGAAACUUGGAUCAUAGUAAAAGUUUUGCACCAGACACGGAUGAUGCGGUCCCGCGUGUUUGGUUUGAGCGCCGCUUUGUUUCUUCGUCAUCACUGAGUCGAGCCAGCGAAGUUCAACUUGGGGUCAAGGCGCCAGUCACUGCCAACAGAAUUUACACCACGUCUGACCACCAACUUGUCAUUCAGCACUUUCUACCUGAUAAAGAUGGAAACAUUUUUGAGUGCAGAAGAUUUGGACACGAAGAUGUUCUGCCAGUCAAAUAUUUAUUAGACCACUUGAAACCGCUGAAUGCCAAAACUAACUUUGAUGCCGGAAACUGGACUGAUUUUCGCAAAUUUGAGGAGCAAAAUCUGAUGCGAUUGAGUGAAGCUGUUCAGGAAUUGGCCAACGACGAUCGACCAACAGUUUUGAUGCACUGGGGUGCGUGGAGUGAAUGUCAAUCCUGCAAAAUGGGCAGUGGCAGGUGGUGGCGCCGAGGCCGAUGCCGCAUAGUUGUACCAAGAGAGCUCAAAGUGCUGCCUUAUAAUUUAACAGCGAUAUCUUGUCGAUCAUCUAUGCUGGAUUUGGUGCAUCUGGAUGAUGAAUUUAAGACCAUGUUGUUGUCUCUUCCGGACUUCAUUUUAUAUGACACCUGCGAGUGCGUGUACAAAGGAAAUUUCCACAAGCAGCUACUGGAAGGAGAUUCUACCUUACUUAUGUGUCCACGGAACUCCUCUUUUGAAUUAGUGCAGUGGAGCAAAGGCUUGGACCUAUUGACCGCUGGACAGUGGACUUAUUAUGGUAAAAAGUGUCGCGUCAGGGUAGACGUGAUGGGUACCCUGCUGAUUGAAAAUGCCGAGCGGGAAGUUUCCGGCCAAUUCUUGUGUAGAGCAGGACAAAUAUUGCACAGAUUUUUAGUCACCGUCGAGCAAAGGUCCAUCCUUUCUUCCCUAGAGUUCCAGCAAAGUCUGUUUGUCGUGAGUGUGGUGCUGUUUCUCUGCUUUGCUGUUUAUGUGGCCUACAUCUGCAUGCUUUGGUUUGAGCCUCCCAACGUUCGCAGCUCAAUAAUUGGAGGGUACAAGAACAAAAAGAAAGAAACUAGAAAGCUUUCUGUGGAGGAACUGGAACUGCAGCCCUGGAUGGCAAACUUUGAGCAAUUGGAUGUUACUUUGACGGACUACGAUGCUGACCGAGACGAAGAUGGUGAUGAGGACGACGAAGAAGAGUGGAUUCGGUUGACCCCCGAUAAAUCGCACAUUUCUGUUACUGUUGAGAGAGCGCAAGUUAAUAAGCGCGUUUGAGAAGAAAAAUAAUAAAUAACACUUCAGGAGUAUU